AUGCAGCCCUCCACCUCUACAAAGGAGGCGAAACGACGUGUUGCUGAUACCAUUGAUGACAAGCCUUCUGAGAAGGUCAUGACUCUUCUAGCUGCUCUUAAUAAAGCUCAAAAAGGAGGAAAAGAGGAAAAGAAAGAGGGAAAAGAAGAAAAGAAAGAACCAAAAGAAACAAAGACUAUCUCUAAGCAGAAGACAGCCAGUCAUCAUAUCAAAACAAAGGUGUUCGUGAAUCAGUCUGAUGCUUCUUCCAAGAAAAAGAAACCGAAGAAUACAGUAGCUACUGCAGUUCAACGGAGCGCAGCAAAAAUGAAAACAGGUGCGACUAAAGCAUCGUCAAGUGUAGGCGCACGAAUGAGUCAAAAGAACCAGGAGACAGAUUCUUCAGAUUUUACAAAGCGAUCGCGAAAUCAGUCUACUUCAGUGAAGACCAACAAAAAUCAGACGUCGAAGGUGGAUGCACAUCCUGCUGCUCCACAGAAAAUUCCUCAAGAUGUUUUGGAAAACAUCUACUUCCGAUUUCUAGCGAAUAUCCCGGACGAAGAGAAAAAAGACAACAUUCGGAUCUGUUUUCAAAUAGAAUUAGCUCAAUGGUUUUAUAGUGAUUUUUAUUGUACAACAAAAGAGAGAAAGGACUGUCCCAAUUUGGGAGUACGUGAAUUUGCUAGGCAAAUCUUCACAUAUGUUCGAGAAGUGAAACACUUAGCUUACAAAGUAGAUUAUAUGAUUGAUCAAUGGAGAAUUUACAAAUCUAACGUUCCCACAUAUGGGGCUAUUUUACUUGAUAGUACUUUAAAUAAUGUUUUAUUGGUUCAAGGGUUUUAUACCACCAAGAAUAAAUGGGGUUUCCCGAAAGGAAAAGUUAAUGAAAACGAAGCACCUCGAGAUUGUGCAAUUCGGGAGGUCCGUGAAGAGACCGGUUUUGACUUUUCCGAAGUGUCGAAAGGAAAAGAACACAAAAUUCAACGAUUUCUGAAUGACACCAUGAUUAGACUGUAUAUAGCAACUGAUGUACCAAUGGAUUUUCCAUUCUCUCCUCAAACAAGGAACGAAAUCAGAGAUAUUCAAUGGUUUAACGUAUGGGAUUUGCCCGUAGAUCGUAAUGAUUAUUCUAACAAUAAGAAUCCUUCAAAUUUUUACACAAUUCUACCUUUUGUUCAAGAUUUGCAUAUGUAUAUUAAGAGAGAGCAGAGCAGACGAGCCAAGGAAAAAUCCAAAGCUCCACCAGUCGAGAGUUACUUUAAUGAAAUAACACCCGGAACUAAAAUGCAACCCAUGCCUUCACAGUUUUCUCAAUCAGAGCAACAAUUUUCUUCUGUUUCUCUCAAUGCUCUAUUUAAUAAUUUAUUGCCUCAGCCGAGUUCCAAACCUAGCGUAACUACUCAGCCGCCAGCAAUCAACAGUGGAGAUUUGGGCAUUGAUAGACCCCCUCUACGAAAAAUAAAAAUGGAGGAUAAUUUUACCUCACUGUCUAAUCUCUUCCCACCUACCACUUCACACCCUGUAUUAUCCACACAAAGCCAUUUCCGUCCAGUAGAGAAUGGUCCGGCUCAUGCUGGUUCUAGUAUUAUUGAUAUGUUACAAACAGGUGCGCCUAAAUAUGGUUCUCCUCAAAUCGCCCAACCAAUUGCUGUUCCGGCAAAAGCAGCUAAAGCUACUCCUCUACAAUCGGAGUCAAGUAGAGAACGCACUUCCUCCAAUAAAAUACGAUUGAGUGAAACCUCAGCUUUCACUGCUAUUCAGCCAAGUAGAACUAUAGCAUCAAAUGCAGCAUCGGGUGUUACCCGACAACAUCCUAAUCCAUCAGCGCCUCCUGCGUCUAACCCCUCUGUGGAAGACAUGGAUCUAGAGCUCCAACAAUACCUAGGAGACGUUAAAGAUCAUAAGAUGACUUCCAAAAUUGAGAAAGAACAUCUCAACAGGUUGACGUCUUCUACAAGGAACUCUGAUGUAAAUAGCUUGUACAGCUCUGCCCACGAGCUGCACAAGAUUUCAGGUGUAGGUGAAGUUCAGCUUUGUCAAGCAUGGAAAAGCUUCAAGCUUAAUGCCGCUGAUCUCUUCCGCACUCGUGCUAGGGUUUAUGAUAAAUAG